AUGCAGAGGUUAUGGAUGCAGAAGCAAAAUGGUUUGAGUUGGGAUUUGGACAUAUGCCCAAGUAUCAGAAGGGAGAUAGAGGAUUUGAGAGAAUUGCAAAGAUUUUGGGUACCUUAUGUGAGUGGCUACAAAGAAUUUGAAGUGUUCUCAGGAAAUGAGAGGGUAUGCAUUCCUCUAAGAUGUACCAUUUGCCACCAAACUGGCCACAACAAAUCCACGUGCCCAAGUAAGCCAACUCCAGCUCCAAGCACAGCAGGUCCAAGUCAAUUAACUCCAGCUCCAAGCACAGCAGGUCCAAGUCAAUCAACUCCAGCUCCAAGCACUCCUACUCCUAUUGUAAAUGAAGUUCCUCUAAAGAAAGCUCCUGUCAAGAGAACUCCUGUGAAGAAAGCUCCUGUGAAGAGAAGUCCUAUGAAGAAGGUUUCUUUGAAUGAUGCUGGUAGGGUGAGAAAGUUUUUAGAAAGAAUCAUAGAAAUUGGUCUUCAGAAAAAUGUUAAAGUCAAGGAUGGAACUAGAUGCAGCCAAGACAAACCUGUGACCUUAGAGUAA